AUGCUGAAACAGAGCACGGAGAGGAGGCGGUCUUGGAGCUACAAGCCCUGGAACACUGCCGAGGGCGAGGAUGCGUCCACCCUCGACAGCAACCAACCCCGCAGGAGCAUCUGCUCCAUUGGAGCGCGCUCUGGAUCCCAGGCCAGCAUCAUACCGUGGAUCGAGGGUAACUACAACUAUUACAUAGAGGAGGAUGACGAUGGUGGGGAGGAGGAGGAGGAGUGGAAGGAUGACCUUGCGGAAGAGGACCAGCAGCCAGAGGAGGUCACCACCACGGCCCUACCUGGUGACCACAGUGACACUGCAAUGCAGAUGUCCAUGCUGAAGGUGAACGUGGGCGGCCACAGCUACCAGCUGGAUUACUGCGAGCUGUCCAGCUACCCCAAGACACGCCUGGGUCGUCUGGCCACCUCGACCAGCCGCAGCCGCCAGCUGGGCCUGUGCGACGACUACGAGAGCCAGACGGACGAAUACUUCUUCGACCGCGACCCCGCCGUCUUCCAGCUCAUCUACAACUUCUACACGUCCGGGGUGCUGCUGGUGCGCGACGAGCUGUGUCCCCGCAGCUUCCUGGAGGAGCUGGGCUACUGGGGCGUGAGGCUCAAGUACACGCCGCGCUGCUGCCGCAUCUGCUUCGAGGAGCGGCGCGACGAGCUGAGCGAACAGCUCAAGAUCCAGCGCGAGCUGCGCGCCCAGGCGCAGGCCGAGGAGGCCGAGGAGCUCUUCCGGGACAUGCGCUUCUACGGGCCGCAGCGCCAGCGCCUCUGGAACCUCAUGGAGAAGCCUUUCUCCUCGGUGGCCGCCAAGGCCAUGGGGGUGGCCUCCAACCUCUUCGUCCUCAUCUCCGUGGUGGCCCUGGCGCUCAACACCGUGGAGGAGAUGCAGCACGAGGCGGAGCAGGGCCUGGGCGGAGGGGACCCGAGGCCCAUCCUGGAGCACGUGGAGAUGCUGUGCGUGGCUUUCUUCACACUCGAGUUCCUGCUGCGCCUCGCCUCCACGCCCGACCUGCGGCGCUUCUCGCGCAGCGCCCUCAACCUGGUGGACCUGGUGGCCAUUCUCCCCUUCUACCUGCAGCUGCUGCUGGAAUGCUUCACCAGCGAAGACCAGCGGGGUGUCAAGGGCUCGCAGCACGAGCACGACCUGGAGACCGUGGGCCGCGUGGGCAAGGUGGGCCAGGUGCUGCGCAUCAUGCGGCUCAUGCGCAUCUUCCGCAUCCUCAAGCUGGCCCGCCACUCCACCGGGCUGCGUGCCUUUGGCUUCACGCUGCGCCAGUGCUACCAGCAGGUGGGCUGCCUCAUGCUCUUCAUCACCAUGGGUAUCUUCGCCUUCUCCGCCGCCGUCUACUCCGUGGAGCACGAUAUGCCUGGCACUAAUUUUACCAGCAUCCUCCAUGCCUGGUGGUGGGCAGCGGUGAGCAUCUCUACCGUGGGCUAUGGAGACAUGUGUCCAGAGACGCACCUGGGAAGGCUUUUUGCCUUCCUCUGCAUUGCUUUUGGUAUCAUUCUCAAUGGGAUGCCCAUUUCUAUCCUCUACAACAAAUUCUCCGAUUACUACAGCAAGCUCAAAGCUUAUGAGUACACCGCCAUCCGCAGGGAGAGGGGAAAGGUGAACUUCAUGCAGAGAGCCCGAAAGAAGAUGGCUGAAUGUUUGGCUGGAAGUAACAUACAGCCCACCACAAGGCAAGAAAACUAA